AGGACCGCCUCUUUCUCUCUCUCUUUUUCCCUCAGUGCAUUCCCCUUCCCUAGGUUUCUUACUGCUCUCCUAAAUAUAAUCUGUCUUUCCUCAAUUCCACUCUCUCCAUGGUCAACCUUGACCCCCCUCCAGAUCCUACGCGUCUAAUGUCCCAUCUCCGCCGUUCCCAAAGCCAUCCUGAUCAGCCAAAGGCUUCCAAAGCAGGAUCGAACAGCUCCAAUUUAUCACACGUUCCCUGCAAGUUUUGGAAGCAAGGGACUUGUACCGCUGGAGCGAACUGUAUCUUUUCUCAUAAUUUGGACGCUACUUCUGAGACUUCUGUGUGCAAAUACUUCCUCAAAGGCAAUUGCAAGUUUGGGACCAAAUGUGCCUUGCUACAUACUUUGUCACCCCAAGCUCCCGAUGGUCGUAAACUACUGAAUAGCCGAUCUAAUGCGGCUGCACUCUCACGGUCGUUGGGCACUUCCAGCCAACAACAAAUGAACUCAUCCUUGCGCUCUGGCCCAUUAGAUCUGAAUUCCUUCUCUUCAAAUUCUCGUCCCUCACCAGACCUGUCGCCGUUUGCUCGUAUUCCAAUCGACUCCGGUUCUCCAAGUGGUAAUGAUCGAUAUAGUCAGCUCUCUGCCAACAUAAGUCAAAACUUUUUGGGAACUUCAGCACCUUCCACAGUCAAUACUUCUCAUUUUCGUCUUGGGCAGUCUCCAGGUUCAAUGGAUGGUCACUUGUCACCUACUGAGACCUCCUUUUCUCCAUUUUCUGGUCGUCGAGGCUUGUACAUGCCCCAACACCAAACUCCGCAGUACACCGCUCUUUCUCCGCGUACAGCGUCGUUGUCCAAAUUAAACGGUAUUCCAGAAAGAGAGCAUGACUACUUUGAAAUGGACCAGCUGGAUGAAGAUAUGAGUAGUUUGCUUCAAAAUCUUGAAGGGACAGAAGAAUCGAUGCUUCCAUCCUCCCUCAAUGAUUUGCUGACACCAAGUGAGCUUUUGUCACGUAGGGCAAGGGAGCAAAGAGAGGGUCUAUCUGGCACACCAUCAGGUACCACUUUAUCGCGAUCCCUCAGAAGCUACAGUGGUAGUAAAGAAAUGCUUCCCGUAUCACCUACCUUGAGCGGCGAUCAACGUGCCUAUCGUACAUCUAAUUCACCACUGGCUCCUGCUGCUGCGAAUGGAACUCAGCCUUGGAGUGUUCCAUUCUAUCAAAAUAUUGGCAAUAGUCGUGAAUCGCCCAAGGUUACUGCUGUUGAAGAUUCGCCACAAUUAUCAGCUGAGCAAGGGGACUUGUCGUCUAGCAUAUCAAACGCGAUCAAUAUACCUGGUGGUGGAGGAUCGAAGCAGCAUAUUGCAUCGGUUCAUACAAUUCGACGACCAGCAUACAGCAAAGGGUUUGAUGAAACAGAUCCUUUUGAUCCAUUUACCUCUGGAGGGGAUGAUGAUGUCCAGUUCUAUAUGGAAGAGGAUGAGACAGUUGAGGUUGGACCAGGUACCUCCAUCAUGCCCAACAUGCAGUCACGAAUAUCGACUGAACUUCGACGACCCAACUAAAGAGAUUAUAUCCUCGAGGUCCACGCCACUCGACGGACACGCACAUACCCAACACUUCCCCAAAAAAUGUAAAAGUUCAGUGUUUUGGGAUCUAUUUUUCUUUCCUCUUUUCAGCACCUAAAGCGAUAUCUUGCACAACACAACUGGAGAUCUCCCCCCGUCC